UGAGUUGUAGGCCUCUUCUUGCGCCUGCGCACCACUUGUUUACAACUCUACUGACCGUGUACACACAUGACCUUUUCCAAGAUGGAUUCUGAUACGUAUUUUAUUGGAUGGUGUGUUCGUGAAAAUAGGAAAUAUAUCAGUGGACAACUUGAAUGGUUGCUUAUCGGUGUGCUCAGGACAUAGGAUUGAUCUUGAAGACAGUUAGAAAGUGUUAGGACGACAGCAGAGACUGCGGAAUUGGCGAUAAAUGUAGUGUGAUCCGUUAGCACAUUUUUCGACUGGAUGAAGUGCUGUGAAUGUGUUAUUUUCCUCGUGAAACUUUGAAACUUGUGCAUUUUUAGUGAAAGUGAAGUGUGCGCCCGUGACAAACAUUCGUGUGACGGCAGUGUUGGUGAACGUGAUGGAGGAAAGACAUACCUCACCGAAGAAUGUUUGUUUAUUAGGUUAUUGCGCAGAAUGAUCCUGCCCUUGGUUGCGGGGCCUCGCGGGCCUGUUAUUCGUUUCGUUGCGCCACAAGAUAUUUCGGGUCGACCGAAAAAAAGUGCUGACUGAAAAACUAUGACGUCGACUGCAAAUUUGUGGUGUGAUAUCAGUGGAAAACGACAGAAGAUACUCUGAAUCGCUGAAUCGCAGCUACGCUACGGCUAUUAUAUGCUGGAAUGUUUGCCUUUUCUGGGGCUUACAAUUUUAUGUUCAUGGAUGACGUACAGAAAGUACAAUGUCAUCUUUGAAUACUCCUUCGCCUGUUGGCGAUACGUCCUCGGUGGCCUCGCUAAACCAGGGUCUUUUAUUGGGACACCGGGGCGAGGUCAAGAAAACAGGCAAUCUGAAGAAACUGAAGACUAAUAAAAGAAAGUACUUUGUGCUUCGAUGUGAGUCAGCUGACUACCCAGCACGGUUAGAGUACUAUGACAGUGAGAAAAAAUUUAGAGCUCAGCAGCAACCAAAGCGCAGUAUAUCUUUGAAAGCAUGCUUUAACAUAAAUAAACGCAAUGAUAUGAAAUCAAAAUAUGUUAUUGCAUUGUACACAAGGGAUGAUUGCUUCUGCAUUGUUUUGGAUUCUGAAGAGGAGAGAGAAUCUUGGCUCAGAGCCUUAUUGACACUCCAAGAUGGUGAUGAUGUCACUGAUGGAGAAACUCCUAAACCAGUGUUUGAACAUGUUUGGAAAGUGGACGUUGCAAAUAGAGGCCUUGGUGCUACUAGAAACCUCCAUGGACCAUACCAUCUAUGUCUAACUGGGAGGACAGUAAGUCUAGUCAAAAUUUACCCAGAUGGCUCCAAGGAUGUUCUUGAGUUUCCGCUCCAAAAUAUCAGGUCGUUUGGAAGUCUUGAAUCAUUCUUCCGGAUGGAAGUUGGAAGGAAUGCUGUGACUGGUACUGGGGAAAUUUGGAUGGAAGCCGAGGAUGCUGUGAUAGCUCAGGAAAUCAUCCGUGCCAUAGAUGCAAUGAGGACAAGGGUUGAUGAUGGCAGUUCUAGACAGAUUGGUCGCUCAGCCUCUGUAAGUGAGUCAUCCAGACCCAUUACCGUGUCAAGUAGGAGACAUAACAAUUCUGUGACUGAAAACCAUGAAGAGACCCGAAGCUCUGCACAUGCCAGCACUAAUGAGACUUCAUCUGGAUAUAUGUCAAACACCGAUUCAUAUUGUGAAAUGACAAGAGCUCCAGGAAGAUUUAUGACAGCAGAUCACGAUGGGUCAGCCCUUAGCCGGACAGGAAGCGUGCCAUAUAAUUUCCUGUACUGCCAGUUAUCCCAGCGAUGUGUGCAACAGCAACAACACCAUCAACAACAACAGUGCAGGGUCAACAAUAAUGUCCCACCAAACCCCAACCGGCGCAGGCAUUCAGUUUCAGCGGUGUCAGUUAGUACACCAGGCGCUGCAGGCUGUUGGUCAUCAGGGUGUAAGGGCAGUGCCGGCGGUGCACCUGCGCCGUGCACCGUGGCGGGGGCGGGGACGGGGAUGGGGACGGCUGGAUCCACCACCACUCCCCUCCUCGUUCACCACCAGCGUACUUAUUCCUUCCCCCUCUCGCCCCUCCCCCCAUCCACCUCGGUGCGCCGUGGAAGUGCAGGCACCAAAGCAGGCCUAGGCCUGGGCCACAGCCACUCAGGCCAACGAGCCAGCGGCACAAGCCUCAGCAGUGCACAUUGUUCGUCUGUUGGUCGAGAUCGCUCUGACAGCUUACCCUCGUCAGUUCGUACAUCAAGUGAGAAUCAUACGUUUUCUCAUGGGCCUGUGGCCUCCCAUGGCCAUCAUCCCCAUCAUCCCCCAGGGAGGAGCAUGCAUUCUCAUUUUUCUUCUGCCUACCAUCGACCUCAUUCAAUGUAUAUCCGGGGGAUUUCCCAUUCUCCCCCUGUCAUUGCAUCUAGUCCUGUCAGCCCUGCAUCUGGAGCAUGUUCUACAGAUUCUGCAGGUUCCUCACUGUCAAUUGAUGAAGGUGAUAAUUGGGUCGAUGGCAGUGAUGUUACUCUCAGCAGCAUGCCUAGCCGAUUUGCUUCAAACCAUCCUUUGACUCCUGAGUCUCCUAUUGAAGAAGAAAACUGUGACGAUCAAGGUGGUGACGACUAUGUUCACUGGAAUGGUCCCAGCGGACUUGACUCCGGUGUUGGUGACGAUGAAAAGAUGAACAACUAUAUGCCCAUGGAUCGUUCCUCGGCAACACUCUCUCUGCCAAUUCAGCAACCUCACACAGGACCCAGUCGAAAGUUUUCUCCUGGUAGAAGCACUGUGGGAAGCAACCUCAACACAGGCACUUCACCUUCUCAUUCAAAUUACAUGGAAAUGAAUAGUCCAUGUGGAUCUUCACCCAUGGAACCGCCUGGAAACUACAUGAUGAUGAGUCCAGGGAAUGCUCCAGGAAAUGUUUCAUUUUACAACCGCGGUAUUCAGCAAAUGCACACUGCACCUAGUUCUGCUAAUCACAGCCGGACCAGUAGUUUAGCUGAGGAAACUCCAGAUGGUUAUGUGCCAAUGGCACCAAGUCAGACUGAUGAUGGUUAUGUUGAUAUGGAUCCUUCACAUGCUGAUGCUCAUGACGAUUUUCAUCAUGGAGAAAUGUCACCAUCCAGUUCUUGCUCCAUUACUUCAGGCACUCCUUCCACAGAUCUGCGCUUCUCAGAGUAUCCGCUUGAGAAGGUUAACUCUUAUCUGACUCCAUCUGAGGAAGAGGAAAUUGGUGAAAGACCUACUCGAUGCUAUUCUGUUGGCUCUAAACCUGAUAGUUUAAAUAAGAAAAACAGAGUUGACCUUGUCAAUCAAACAGAUUGCUCUCGUGUGCGAGCAUUUUCUGUUGGUUCUCGAAAUGCACCGGGCUCAAAAUACAUGUCACGACCUUUAGGUCAUGACCUUCAUGCUACUCGACAGUCUGGAGGGCACUUUAAUCUAAUAAGUCAACAGAGGCAACAACAGCAGCAACAGACUGGAAGUGGAAAAAAAUCUUCAAGUGCUCCCAUCCUUUCCAACUCUCUUUCUAGUUCACCAAUGAAUAGACACAUUCUUGGUGGUAGUCAUUCUAGUGUAGACCCGUUGGAUGAUUUAAUGGAAAUGGACUUCAGUCCAUCUGUGUCAAACUCAUCUCAGAACACUAGAAAUAGCAAGAGUUCUGGUAAACCAGGGGGGCGAUCGAAGUCAACCACUGUGAAUGAGUAUGUCAGCAUGCUCCCCGGAGAUCGACUAUCGGUUCCAUCUGGAGGAGGAGGAGGAGCAAGUCAUCAUUCUUCUCAGUCAUCGGUCGCAUCUUCAUACUCAACUGCUGAAGGUGUAGAUGUCUGUGGCAUUCAUAUGGGUUCUCCAAGAGCGUAUGAUUCAAUUGGACCAGGAUCUCCUCCAAAGCCAUCAGUCUUGAGAAGUGUUUACUCUAAUGCUAUUGGCAGGUCACCUCCAGACAAUGUUGCUAGGUCUCCACCUAGUCGAUCAACUGCGUCACCCAGAUCUGCAGUCACUAGGAUGUCAUGCAUAUCAGAACUGAAACCUCAAAAUUUCCCCAUGACUACUCCAUCUCCCCCCAUCAAACAAUCUCUCCUUGCUACCAAUAAUUCAGCUUCUAGCAUGGCUGCUAAAAUGGCUAAAAUGGCUGUGUCUAGUCCAUAUGUAGAGAUGAAUCCUUCAAAUGCCACAUCAAAGCCAGUAAUAGCAACAUCUAGUGCAUCAAAACCACCUUCAGAUACUGCUCCAUAUGUUGAAAUGAAAAGCCGAACAUUAAGUGGUAGUUCGUCUUCAGGAAAACAAAAUAAUCUGCCUCCUGCAUCAAAUAAUGAAGACUACAUGGAUAUGAGCUUUAAACCAAGGAAAACAUCAAUUUCAGAAAGUAAAGAUUUGAACAGACCUACUGCCACUGAUGGUUAUGUUGAAAUGGGAUGGAAGCCCUCUAAUGAGUCUGAAGUGGAAAAACCACGGAAAUCAUCCCUGGACUCCCCAAGAUCCACAUCAAAUGAUGAUUACAUGCUCAUGUCUGGAGGAUCUGGUUCUCUAAGUAGGAAUCGGAGGGAAAGGAAAGGAUCAACUAAAAGGGAGAGAAAUCAGUUAAGGUCUCAACCUAUCAAUAUUCAACAAACGCAACAGAAUCGAAAGAUGGUGAUGGAUACUCCUCCUAAAGCACCACCAGGUUUCUUACCCCUUGCAACUAGUUUGGAGUCUCAAUCUCCCUCAACAAGUCCAUUUUCAUCCCUCGGACGAAAUAGGAACCGUAAAUCUAGUAAAGAUUCCUCAAGUACUGCAAGUGAUCUUACAACCCCCACAGGAUCGAAUUCAACCAUAUUUCCUCUUAGUUUGAAUUCUCCUGGUUCUCCACUAAAGCCAUUUUCAUCAGACUCUCCAUCUGGGGUGACAGUCCCUAGUACUUCUUUUGAUAAAUUGGAAAAGGUUCCCGCUGACAUGAGUAGUGGCACUUUAAGAUUAUCAUAUCCUCACGCAGAAGAGCCUAAGCUCCCUACCACUCCAAGUAACAAGCAGGACCCACCAAAGCAUGACUAUGUUAAUUUCAAUCCAAAUUCGGACUCAGAAGAUACAAGUCUCAAAGGUGACAGUGCAGAUGAUGCUGGGGACUAUGCAAUUAUGUGCCCUGGGUCUUCCACAGUUUCAAGGAAAGUAGAACCCCAAAAGAAAAUGGGAUUAUGUUCUAGCAGAAUUGGAUCCAAAUUCUCAAGUGACAAUGAUUCAGGUCCAUCUCGCCCAACUGAUUAUUCCAGACCCCUCUCAAAACCUCUUACGGUCUCUGGACUACUUGGAAUGAAUAACUUAUCACCUACAAGUGCAAGUGAACCUCAGAACAUUUUAAAUCUAUCCUCAGCAAGUACAUCAAUGUUGUCAUUGGGUCGCCAAGUGUCUAUGGGAUGUACUAUUCCAGAGAAAAAGCUUCAAAACUGUGAUUCUGACUUGUGUGCAAGUGGCACAAGUAAAGAAAAUACUCAAUCUGCUCUGAACAAUACUAAACAAGAAGUAGAUGGAAAUAAGUCGUGUUCAGACGGUGCAGCAGGAGUUACUACCUCAUCAUUGGGACAACUGUCUCAGGCAGGGCCAAAUACACCAAUCGUGUAUUCAAGCCCUAACUUAAGCCCUUGUCCGAGUCCAAGCCCAAACCCUAGUCCAUUCAGUGAAGGAUCAUCAAGUCAUAUAAGUCCAGCAAGUACUUCGUCUGGUGGAGGUUUACGGGAGAAGAAAAUGUCCAGUGGCUCUGAUUCCAGCACUGCAAGUCGAGAUAGUCAACUCUUAAUAAGGAAAUAUUCAACUGGCAGUGUAUCACCUACAAGUAGCAAAUCUAGAAGUACUGGUACAAAUGACAAAGCAAAUACUCCAGCAAGUCGAAGGUUAUCAUGUCCAAGCAAGUCUUCUGUAAGCCGACAGGUUUCACUAUCAAGUGAUAUUAGUGAUGCAAGUCAGACAGAGGAAUCCAGAAUAUCAGAUUCAGUUACAUCUCUAAGCAGACAAACUUCUAGUUCAUCAACCUCCGGCGAAGCCUCAUCCUCUUCCACCCUUGCCUUGACUGAAAAGCGCAGUUUGUCAUGCUCUCCAGUGCCUUCAAGUGCUUCUCCAGUUCCUCGUACUGCUGAGCGGGAAAUCAACUAUGCUUCACUUGACCUUAGAAUAGGUUCUGAAGCUGAUGAUUCUUCCAUCAGAAGUCCCCGAGGUUUGAAAACUCAAGGAUCACUCAGCGAGUCACAGUCUUCCACUUCCUCCCCAAGUCCCAAUCCACCAGGAGGAACCUUCACUUAUGCCCAGAUUGACUUUGAAAAAAGUGAAGACCUCAGGAAAUUAAGUGCUGCCAAGAGUGUAAAGCAGUGAUAUCCAGUUUAUAAACCAUAGAUUGUUCUACUUUUUAAAGUCACUUUUGACACACUCAUACUCUUUUCAGUGUUAGGGAAAGGAGACUUUAACCUGAUGCUUCUUCUAAGUCAUUUUAAGAAUUAGGAUAGUGAAGGAUUGGUAUUGCAGUUGUUAUAUAUUUUCUUAAGUUGGAAUCUAAGUUUUGUGAUGUCUUGAUGCUUAUCCCUACCAAUUGAACAAGAGGUUAAAACAUGUAUUGUAGUUACUGAAUUUUUUGAAGCUUUUACUUUAUGAUGUAAUCUGAAACUGAAUGAGAUUAUUGUGUUACUACUUUUGCACAUACAGGGCGCCUAAGAUCUCCAACAAAAGAAAGACUUUUAUAUAUGAAUGCCCUUGUGCUUGUCAACUCAACAUUUUACUAUUUUAAUCAACAUGUUCCUAUAUACUUCAUUUCCUUCAAGUCGGAUGAACACUUUCAUGUGACAUUCCUCCAAGGAUAAGUUAUAUUCUUGCUGAUUUCAAGGAAUGAUGGGAGAGUGCUUUUCACUGCCGUUUUGUUUACAGACUUUUAUGAAAAGGACCCAUAUUAACCUGUGCUGUCACUGCCACUAAAGUGGAAAUUCUUCCUGUCACUUCUUUCAACUUCUCUUUGUGUUAGUUUAACAAGUGUAAAACAUGACAUGCCUGAGUAUUUCAAUUUUGCUUGUGGUUUUAGAUUCAGUAAAGAAAACAAGGGAUGUCUUAGCAAGUUGCUUUCCUGGUGGUUCAAUUUCUCAUCAUCAUCUCUGUUUUCUGUGUGCAAGUCAAAAUAAACCUAGGGUAAGCAUAUAAUUACCUAAAUUUAUCUAUCUGUAUGUUUGUGUGCGUAUCUGUGUGCAAGUAUGAGUAGGUUUGCAAGGCUCAUUAGUUUUUCUGAACUUCAAUCUUCUAACCCUCUUAUUCUGAGGCACUUGCUUUAAAAUUUGCGGUUGGCUUUGUCAUCCUGACCUUGAUGAAAUCAUUUUCAAAAUGACUUGCAUGUGUAUGUGUGGGUUUACUGUUUUCAUGAAAUUUAAAAUGCAUUGUAAUAUAAUUUGAGCUGUCUUAUUAUUUUCUGCUAUAACUAGUUAAGUAAGAAAACUCAUUCAAUUUGGUUCACCAAAAAUCCUUACUGUAGGUAAUUACUAUUCACAAUCCAAUUGUGAAUGAUCUUGAUUAUUAAUUCUGUUAUUUCCAUUAUUCACAUGGAAAAUUUCUGUUGCACCAUUGUGAUGAAAUUGCUUCAUGCUUCAGAUUAAUAUUGUUCAGUGUUGGUAUCUACUUCUAUGUAUCGCUAAUAGGCAAAUCAUGGCUCUGUACCUUUUUUCAUUCAGUUUUAUUACAAACUUCUUUCUGGUUUGUCAUAAUUCUUAGCUUACUAUUCAAAAAUACUGUACUGUACAGUUUGAAAAACUUACUGCAGUAUGUUCUUUAAAUAAUAAUUUUACUCUUUUCUGAAAUGCCUUUGGUUUUACUUUAUCAUUUAAGAGAAUCAUGAUUUUUCACAGUUCUAGUUUUAAAAAUGACUUAAUAUGUAUUUCUAUAUAGCAGGUUUUAUGAUCAUUUUCAGUAUUGACCAUUUUCGACUCAAAACAUUUUUGUUUUAAGGUGAGAACAUAGCAUUCAUUCUUUUUUAAACUGUCAUUAUGGUAAACGAGGAAUAGCUUGAAACAAGAUGAUUAUACAGUCAAACAGCUCAGGUUUGUGUUCUAGAUUGCAAUUUCUACAUUGAAAUCUUACAGUUAAAAACAGUACUUACCUCCAAGUGCUGGUUACAUUCUCUUAUUUAUUAGUUUCUAAUUUCAAGUUUAAUUGAUACAGUUGCAUUUGAAAAUGUCGUUAAAUAAAUAAUGUUCCUUGUAUUACCUAAGAAGACUUUUAUUUAUCACUUGCUUUUAUUGAUUUUGUUCCACAAGAAUUUCUCAGUUCAUUCAAAGUUUAUAGAACAGUCUAUUUACUACUGAGUCAUUUUACCUGCUUGAGAAGCAUUGCGUCAUGACUGUUAUUCAUUACAUUAUGAAGGAAGUUUCUACAAUUUAGCGUGUUUUUUUGUUGUUGUUUUUUUGUUACUGGCAAUGUCUUAUGGGAGUUUCAGAGUGCUGGAUCUCCUCAUGAGAUUUUAAGUGCAAACCUUCUUACAGAAUUUUGUGGGGGGUUGUUUUCGGUUUCCCUGCUGGGAAGUAUUUUGAUUGCAAAAUUGUCUUAAAUUAUUGUAUGUCUUAACUUGAUAUUUACCCAUAUUGCUCUGAACAAUAUUUUUCCUGUUUCGCAUAUAUGGUAUGUAGCUUAUUUAAACCUCACAAUGGUGUAAAGUUAAAAAAAAAAAAAAUCAAUCUAUCCAAAUCAUCACAUAUAUUUUUAUUGAUUAGUAAAGCAUUUUAGUUUUUAAGAAGAAGAAAAAGAAGAAAGAAAGAAAAGCUAUUUGACUUGUAAGUUACCAUUUAGAACUGGAGACUUGACAUGGAUAAAUCCCAAAUCCAGAAGUAGAGACAUGUUUAGUUCCUUUAAUGGUUUAAAAUGCACUGAGUUUUGGCGUAGCUAUUGUUUGGUGAGGAAUUUCUGUACCAAAUCAGGAUUAAAGGGAGAGGCUUACAUCCUGAUGUGUGUUGGUUAUGUUGAGGAAAUUGUUACAUUGCAAAUGAGUCAAGAUCUUAGAUACCUUAUUACCUACUUCAUGAUACUUUGCUAUUCCUUAUUCAUAUUUAACAUGAUCGUGUACAAAGUUUAGUGAAUUCAACCUCUUAGGCUGUAGUCUUUAUGUUCCUCUGUGCAGCUGUUAGAGAGCCUCUCUUAGUCCACUGUUACCAAUGGCUGCUUUAUCUGAUUCUGGUGAUGUUUGUUGUUGGUCCAGUGGUCAGAGCAUAUCAAUGGUUCUAGGUCUUAUAAAAAAGUUUUUUUUCUCCUUUACUGAUAUAAAAAUAUGUAUGUAUUUGUAAGUAUACAUAUAUAUUAUUGCUGUAUAUGUAUAUUUAUGAUGUUAUUUAUGGGUAUAUAAAUAUAGCGUAUCCUAGUGUUUUGAGAAAAAAGAAUUAUAAGAAUAAUAAACAAAUAGAACAACGAAGCUUCACUUUGUUUAGAGCUUGGUGGGGUUCUAUUAUAGGGCAUUGCUAAGUAUUGUACAUUUUAAUGUAUAUUACCUCAGUUCUACUACUCUUGCUUUGUAAGCAGUGGAUCUGCAGAUAUUAUGUGUAUCAUAUGUUAUAAUAUGUAUGUACUGAACUGUACCAAAGUACCACUUUGUACUGUUGUACAUCUGUUGCGACAUCAGAUCAAAAGACCAUGACGUGCUUUGUGUGCCCUGUGCUGCACUUGUGGACAGUGUUUCUUCAGAUUUGGUCAACUUAUUUAUUUAAACGGGUUGACCAAAAAGCUAGUCAGAUUAGAAUGCUGACACACAUAUCGCAUAUUGGCAAAUUGUUGGCAAACUUUUCACUUUGUUGCGUUUUAUGCCACUUCCUUUCCUUCCCUGUUAUUUCUUUUAUUAGUAGUGUGUAUUACAUUUUUCAAUUGUUAAAGUUAUUAAAGUGCUGAUUGCUUGUGUUCCCCAAACUGUAUAGUUAGUUUGGCAUUAUUUCUUUCUAUGGAAUUCCCUUUUAAUUCUGAAUUUUGAUUUUAUCUACAUCUUGUUGCAGGUCUAGCAAGACAAUUGUAAUUCCAUCCUUGAAAUUAAUUCAUUCUUUUUUGUUUUCACAUUUAAAGCCAAGAGUCACUGAUCUAAUCCAGAAUUUUCAAAGUUUGUGAAUGAAAUUAGCUAAUGGAAGGGUGUUUGGGCCCCUAGUUUGAUGUUUGCUUACUCAGUAAAUCUUUUAAGAUUGUGGUUGUAAAGGUCUUCUUUUGUAUCUGUUGUUCUCUCAUUCACAUUCUACAAUGGGUAUAAAUUCAAUGUUUUGUCAUUUUUAUGGAAAUUAAUGUUGUACUUUUUUGUACAGUUAGCUUGUUCGGUGCUAUCAGAAAGUAGGCCAAAUAGUUGGAUUGCCGGUGUACUAGGAUAAUUUGUUCAUGAAUUAGUUUAAUAAUUGCCUUGGGGACACUGUCCACCUGGGAGACCAAGUAAAAUGUGUUCCUCCCCUAUAGUUAAUUAUGCAUGUUAUAGUUAAUUGAUGCUGUUAUGGUAUGGCUAAUCUCUUUUCUUCCUUUAUUCCUUUUGGAGCAUACAGCUUUAGUAUUGAUAUCUUGCAUGAAAUGCAUUCAUUCAUUCAUUGUAUGGUCCAGUCUGGCACAGGGCAUGUGUAACAUUGGAAUAUCUGAUGUUUUCCUUAGGGUGUUGUUUUCUGUUCUUUUGUUUUUACAUGCAAAGUUUACACUAAACAAUUGAUUGUUAAAUAAAGUUAAAGCAGCACUCGAA